CAACGAACAGAGAUGAAGUGGUUUAUCCUCGCCUUUGUUUGCUUCCAGCUCGCCGAGAGUCUUCACAAAGUGCCUUUGUUCCGAAACAAGUCUCUGCGUGAGGUUCUGAGGGAACGCGGAGAGCUGAAACAAUUCCUGGACACCCAUAAACGUGACCCGGCCUUAAAAUACCAGCACCUCUUCCCUGGGUACCAGUCCGAGGCUGGUAAUGAACCACUCCUGAAUUACAUGGACAACACCUACUAUGGACCAAUUACCAUUGGAACUCCACCGCAAAGCUUCCAGGUUCUGUUUGACACCGGCUCAUCCAAUCUUUGGGUCGAUUCCGUCUACUGCAGCAGUCAAUCAUGCACGAACCAUCCUAUGUACGAUCCCCGGAGGUCCUCCACAUUCAGCACUAACAGCCAAAGGUUCCAGAUGAGUUAUGGAUCUGGGAGUUUGACUGGGUUUUUUGGCUAUGAUACGGUGAACGUCGCUGGAAUUUCCAUUCCGAAACAGGAGUUUGGUCUCAGUUCGAACGAGCCGGGAACCGUAUUUUAUUACGCCAGGUUUGACGGAAUCCUCGGCCUUUCCUACCCGGCGUUGUCUGCCGGUGGAGCCACCACUGUGUUUGAUGGCAUGAUGAACGACAGACUGGUGGCAGAGCCAAUGUUCUCCAUCUACCUGGGCAGACAACCCAAUAGCCAGAACGGUGGUGAAGUGACAUUCGGAGGGGUUGACAGCAGCCUGUACACCGGUGGGAUAGUCUGGGUCCCCGUGCUCCAGGAACUCUACUGGCUCAUCCCCAUGCAAGGCGUGCUUCUCGGUGGCAGGACUGGCUUCUGUAGCCGCGGCUGCCAAGCGAUGGUGGACACUGGGACGUCAUUACUCACUGCGCCAAGCGAAGAGCUGGCAGAAAUGAUGCAGCACAUCGGUGCCCAGCAGAACCAGAACGGGGAGUAUGUCGUCAACUGUAACGAGGUUUCGAGGAUGCCUUCGUUGACCUUUGUGAUCGGUGGGGUGGAUUUCACCAUUCCAGCCUCAGCAUACAUCAGCCAGAAUGACAACUAUUGCUACGCUGCUUUUGAGCCGACCUAUCUCCGCGCUCCAACUCAGAACGGCCCGUUCUGGAUUCUAGGGGAUGUCUUCCUGAGGGAGUUCUAUUCCAUCUACGACCGUGGCAACAAUAGAAUGGGAUUUGCUAAAGCUGUCUGAGAUACCCCCUCCACCCCCCCCCCCCGUCCCAACUGAUCCUCCAUGAUCCUGGACGAAGAUCAGAUCUUCACCCAGUUCCUCGAGAACAUCAAUGAUUCCUCUUCAAUUGAUUGACCAGAAUCCAUUCACUCCAACGCUUUUCUUUUGAUCAAGAGCCUGCACCUUAGGCAUGGUCUUCGCGUGAUCAGCCGCUGGCACCUUUGUCGGCCAUGAUGUUUUGCUCUUCAUUUAAUAAACUGCU